AGUAUCCAAGUGUGUCCUGUGUUACUCAUGACUAUUCAUUUCCCUCUAUCAGAUGAGGCCCCUCCAGCAGCAGCUCUAUCAGCUGCAAACACAAACAGCAUCAUCUUCAGUCCAGAAAAAAUAACAGCACAGACUGGCCUAUGUGCUGUUAUUUCAUGUAAUUUCACUCACCCUGAUAGCGUCAAGCUUAACAUGGUGGUACAAAUAUGGUACAAAUUCCCUGAUAAACAUAUCAUUUUCCAUUCCAAAGAUCCCUCUAAAGCUCAGGAGGGUUAUAACCAUAGAGUGUCUCUACUGGAGACAGACCUGACAAAGGGGAACUGUAGUGUGAUCAUCAACGACAUCAGAAAGAAUGAUGCUGGACAGUAUCAAUUAAAAAUCAUAGGAGGAGCAGUUAGAUACCACCAGAAAAUGAUCAUCACAGUGACAGCUCUGACCCAGGAGCCCUCCGUGUUGAUUCCUACUCUGACAGAGGGAGAACCAGCUACUCUGACCUGCACCGCCCCGGGGAUCUGCUCUGGAACUCCUCCUAACAUCACAUGGACAUGGAGAGGGACAGGAGACAACAUCACUGAGCUCAGAGACAACACCACUAUACAAAAGAGAGAGGAUUUGACCAGCGUCACAACAACCCACUUCUCAAUUCUGACCUUUACCCCCUCAGCUAAGCAUCACGGCACCAAGGUCACGUGUCUGGUGACCUUCAAUGGCAGCGUCACCACCAAGAAGACACUGAAAUUGAAUGUGACACAGGAAGCAUCUAAAGACAUCUUGGCUAUGCUGUUGAACCCACCACUGAUUGCUGCAUUUGUGAUUGGUGCAGCCCUCUCAGCCACCAUCAGUUGUAUCUUCCUGUGUUUGACAGGGAAAUGUAAAAGACGCCAAAAGAGGACCCCAAAGGACUUAGACUCCAAAAGCCCUUUAACGAACCUGGAAAUGGUGGCAUGUGAAGACCAACAGAGAGAUGCAGGACAGGCAGUGAUGGGCGAACUGACACAUCUGCAGGUGGAGCUGAGGGAGGGAACUGAAAACGGAGGGCUCCAGACCAGUGGAGCUGCGGGACACUCUGCCCCAGGGGAAGAACCAAAAGAGGUGCACUACGCCAGUAUCAACUACUCCCUACUGAAGAAGAAGACUCCUGAGGAGGCAGAGAAGAAGACCACUACCACAGAGUCAGAGUACGCCGAAAUCAAACAAGAGAAGAAGAAUGAGGGGGGAAAAGAUGGUGGAGAGGGGAGUGGUGUGAUGGAAGAGGUGGAAUCGGAGAAAGGGGAGGAGAUGAUAGGGAAGGACGUGGAGAAAGAGAACGGUAAGCCAGUACGAGAGACAGAUGAAGAUAUAGCGCUUUACUCCAACGUCAAGGCUAUUAUUGGUGGAGAGUGACACAGCAAUUUUGUCUAGAAACGUGGGAGAUAGCACACAGUACUAUGGCUUCUAUUAUACAGCACUGCUGUGUUUUCUCAUAUUCCAGACUGAAUGUUUUCUGAUGAUACAGAGACUUUGUUUAACUGAAACUACUGUAGGUAAUAGUUUUGGUACUUCUUUAUUUUUCAGCCCUGUGUCAGCCGAAACAAGUAUUUGUGGGGGAGGGUUAUACAUUUUUUUUAAGGAAGUUAAGGUAAUGUUACUUUUGUAAUGAUUCUGUUUGGUGUCAUCAUGGGGAAGGACAGAUAAAGACGUGGUUUGGAGAAGUAGAGGUCAAACCAUUUCUCGUUUUUCUCCUCUGUCCUUUCAUGUUUUGGCAUUUUGAUUUAACCCUAAACCUAUAUAUUGAGGCACUACCUUAAUUUUGAUGGUUGUGUGUAUUUAUACAUUUAUGAGGAAAAGGAAGGAACCCACACACUGCUCUUGAUAGUACCACUGAUCUUUAAUAAGCUUUUGUGAGUUUUUUAAAAUAG